CCGAGCUUAGAUACGACUCGUAGACACCAAUAGACACAAAUACGACAAAAAUGAUAAUAAAAUUCAAAUAUUAAGUAAUUCUUGUUUGUUGUUGUUUACAUCGAGACUGUCGGCAUGUCAGACGAGUUUUUAAUGUUUCUGGUUUUCUAAAAAAAAAAAAUAGAAGUUAGUUUCGUUCUACCGGUUAAGUGAUACAGUUGAGAGUUAGAAGUCGUUAGUCUCCAAGAAUUAAUUAAGCACGUUGUUAAUUAGUUAAAAUUUUUAAACUGUUGAAGGAAAUUUUAGGAGUUUUUGUACUUUUUGUUGCUAUUUUAACGUUAAAUCUCUGUAAAAAUCAUUCUAAAGAAAUGACUUCGUUCGUUCAAGUUCCUGCAGGAUCCGAUUUUCCUUUAGAAAAUUUGCCUUAUGGCGUUUUUUCGACAGCUGAUAAUGCUAAACAUCGCAUUGGAAACGCAAUUGGCGAUCACAUUUUGGAUUUAUCGGCAGUAGCUCACUUAUAUCCGAACAAUGUUCAAGCUGCUCUUCGUUCUGAGACCCUCAACGAUCUUAUGAGUCUCGGUUAUGACAAUUGGAAAGUCGUUCGGGACGUUACUCGUUCCCUUCUUUCAACUGGAUCGCCUCUCGCGAACGAUUUAGCUCUUCAAAAAGCUUCGUUGGUGCAUCAAAAAGACGCUACAAUGCAUUUACCUGCUACCAUUGGCGAUUAUACGGAUUUUUACUCGUCAAUUCAUCAUGCGACAAAUGUCGGGAUCAUGUUUCGUGGCAAAGAAAAUGCUUUGAUGCCAAAUUGGAAGCACAUUCCCGUCGGUUAUCACGGCAGAGCGUCGAGUGUAGUUGUCUCGGGGACCCCUAUUCGUCGUCCUUAUGGACAAACGUUGCCUGUUGAUGCUACAGAACCUGUUUUCGGGCCUUGUCGUCUCUUGGAUUUCGAAUUGGAAAUGGCAUUUUUCAUCGGAGGACCUCCGACGAACCUCGGCGAACGCGUUACGGUUAACGAAGCAGCGAAACGCGUCUUUGGGUUUUCGUUGAUGAACGAUUGGAGUGCUCGAGACAUCCAAAAAUGGGAAUAUGUGCCAUUGGGACCUUUCACAGCGAAAAAUUUGGGCACGACAAUUUCCCCGUGGGUUGUUACGACAUUCGCUCUCGAGCCGUUUUUGGUUGAUAAUUACCCGCAAGACGUCAAACCCUUCCCGUAUUUGCAGCACGAACAAAAAUUCAACUUUGACAUCAAGUUGGAAGUCGAUGUCAAACCUGAAAAUGCAUCAACUCCAACCACAAUUUGUCGCUCGAACUUCCGUCAUCUUUAUUGGACUCCGUUGCAACAAAUCGCUCAUCAUACUGUGACUGGAUGCAAUCUCAAACCGGGAGAUUUGAUGGCUUCAGGAACAAUUUCGGGCGAUACCGCAGAUUCUUUCGGUUCAAUGCUCGAACUUUGCUGGAAAGGAACGAAGGAGAUUCAAUUGAACAAUGGCGAUACGAGAAAAUUCUUGAAAGAUGGCGAUGAAGUGAUUAUUCGAGGAUGGUGUGAAAAUGCAAAUGGGUUGAGAAUCGGAUUUGGACAAUCAGCGGGAAAAGUUUUGCCGGCAAUUCCUUUUUGAAUGUAAAAUUUUUGAAAAUUUAAUGCUAAGUUAGGUGAUGGAAUAAAAAAAAUUAUUAAAG